UGUUUUGAAAAUUUUCAACUACUUUAAAUACCAAUCAAUUGCAAUUUACAAGCAGAAAAAUGAGAGCGCCUCAUAAACGCUGCUUCAGAACACACCAUCAGUGAUUUAUUCCCCACUCACCCACAUACACACAAAGAGAAAGGUACCAUCUUUUUCCCUCCAAUCAAUUACGCAUUCUCACUCCCUCCCCACGCUGGGAGUUCUCAAGUACCCAAGUGCCAAAACACUCAAAUUCCUCACUGCUUCCCCUGUUUCAACUUUCUUGGGCAAAAUCUCAGCUGCCAAUCAAUACCAUAGCCCGCACGCUCAAAAGGGUAUCUCAUAUUUGCACUUGAGGUUGAGUUUGUGCAAGGGUUUUAAUCCGACCCAGUUGCCGUGAGCUUCAGAUCUUUGCAGCAAUGGUUGCAGAGCCUUGGAUUUUGAAGAUGGGCAACCAGGUAAGCUCCAAUCUCAAGCAUGCUCUUCUUCUUCAACCUUCAAAGAAAUCAAGCUCCAAAAACCUACCCACCAGCAACAACGCCAAAACCCAGAAGCAGACUAUAGGCAUUCUCUCUUUUGAAGUAGCUAAUGUUAUGUCCAAGACUGUGUACCUCCACAAGUCCCUCACAGACUCCGAGAUCUCAAAACUAAAAAACGAGAUCUUGAAGUCUGAAGGAGUACUGAACUUGGUCUCGUCCGACGAGGCCUAUCUUCUCGAGCUUGCAAUGGCCGAGAAGCUCGAAGACCUUAACCGGGUCGCAGCGGUUGUGUCCAGGCUUGGAAAAAGGUGUGUUGAGCCUGCUUUGCAGGGUUUUGAGCAUGUCUAUGCUGACCUUGUUAAUGGGGUUAUUGAUGUGAAGGAGUUGGGGUUUUUGGUGAAGGACAUGGAGGGUAUGGUUAGGAGGAUGGAGAGGUAUGUGAACGCCACUUCAAAUUUGUACAGUGAAAUUGAGGUUUUGAAUGAGUUGGAACAGGCCACCAAGAAGUUUCAGCACAAUCAACACGAGGAGAGCAAAAGGGCUUUUGAGCAGAAGCUGAUUUGGCAGAAGCAAGACGUGAGACACCUCAAGGAUGUUUCUCUUUGGAACCAAACCUAUGAUAAGGUUGUGGAGUUGCUGGCCAGGACAGUUUGUACCGUUUAUGCUACUAUUCGUGCUGUUUUUGGUGACUCUGUUUUGGGCAAGAACCAUGUUGGCCUAAUUGGCGGAGCUUCACCACCUCCUAUGUCUGGUCCGGUUGACGCGAGAAGGGUUUCUCAGGUGGCUUCUGAGCCACUGAAGAGAGUUCUUAGUAGGAAAAAGGGGUUGCACUCGGGUCCAGUUGAGAAAGCUAUGGUGGUGAAAAAGGGGUCAGCUUUUAAGCCGCCUCAAUUUGAUUCAAGGAGAGGUGAAUUGGGAUUGUAUCGAGCAGAGGAUUUUAAUUUUCCGUGUGGAACUAGCCCGGGGAGGAUUUUCAUGGACUGCCUUAGAGUAAGCAGUUCUGUUAAUGAUGAUGAUGAUGAUGAUUAUGUUGGUGCUGGUAAUUUUGAGGAAAGGAGUAGCCAAAUUUCAGGUAGCAGUGUUGCAAAUGGUGGUUUGAGGAGAGACUGUUCGAACCAUUCAGGUUGUUUCAGUCGAACCCAAAUGGGUGUUCAAUCAAAGAGUGGUGGGAUGAAUGGUGCCAGGUUUGGUCCCAAGAGUAAGUUAAUGGUAUAUGCUCCUCCUUCUACCGUGGGAGGCUCUGCUCUAGCUUUGCAUUAUGCUAAUGUUAUAAUUGUUGUCGAGAAGUUGCUUCGCUAUCCUUAUCUAGUUGGUGAGGAAGCUAGGGACGAUUUGUAUCAUAUGUUGCCAACCAGUUUAAGGAUGUCCCUGAGGACUAAUCUCAAGUCCUAUGCUAAGAAUUUCUCAAUAUAUGAUGCACCUCUUGCGCAUGAUUGGAAGGAGACUCUUGAUGGGAUUUUGAGAUGGCUUGCCCCGCUGGCACAUAACAUGAUCAGAUGGCAGAGCGAGCGUAAUUUCGAGCAACAGCAGAUUGUUACGAGAACAAAUGUUCUUCUGCUGCAGACAUUGUAUUUUGCUGAUCGAGAAAAGACAGAGGCAGCCAUUUGUCAGGUUCUUGUUGGGUUGAAUUAUAUAUGCCGUUAUGAGCAUCAGCAAAAUGCAUUAUUGGAUUGUGCAAGUAGUUUUGAUUUUGAAGACUGCAUGGAUUGGCAAUUGCAAUGCGGAGCUUCUUUUGUUGAUUGACUACAUUAUUGGAUUUGAAAUCGUGAAGAUGGUGAUAGGGAAUUCUUCUUGAUUCCUAUUACUUGGGUGAAAACAUAGAUGAUAGUUCAACAGGAUGUGAAUAUCUCAACUUUUCACACUGAAGGCUUUGAUCUUCAUUAAUGUAUUUUGUUGCAAGAUCAUGUGCUAAGUGCCAAACUACGAAAGAGAUGAACUAAAAGUGUUAAAUGGUUGAGAACAAUUGUGAGCUGAAAGUGGGAGCCGCAUUAGGGAGAAAGGAAAUUUCCUAUCAAAUCCGAAACGGUGCUUCUGCAAAGCAGUGUGGCAUGUCCUUAUGGAAAACCGGAGAUUGCUGAAGGUGCCUAGUUGCAUUCCAAAGAAAGCGUGAAGGUGUCAUUGGGUUUGAAGCACUCCUAAGGUUCAAGUAUCUUUUGCACACUAGCUAAUGAUUUUAUUGUUACUAUGAGGGUGCAAGCUGUAAUAACUCAAUAAGCUGCCGGUUAAAUUGUUUGAGGGACUGUGUCUAUGUUGUCGUCUUAGAUGUCCUAUAAGGAGGAAGUCAUUUCAUGUUGUCUGAUGCAUGGCUCACUUGGAAUUUAAACUAAUCUGGCUCCUCUUACAUCUUUCA